AACCAAAAGUUACUUUUAGGGACCAACCUAUAAAUAUGCCUCCCUUCUAAACACAAUUAUUUUUUUAAAAAAAUGACUAGUUUUGUUUGGCUCAUCUUUUCCGCUUUAGCUUUCUUCCCCGCCUUGUCUACCUCCACUUUAUUGUUUCAGGGAUUCAACUGGGAGUCGAGCAACAAGCAAGGAGGGUGGUACAAUUCGCUUAUCGGUGUUGUACCCGACAUAGCCGCCGCCGGAGUUACUCAUAUUUGGCUCCCGCCUCCCUCUCAAUCGGUUGGACCUCAAGGGUAUCUACCGGGAAGGUUGUACGACCUCGACGCGUCCAAAUACGGCAGCGGCGGCGAGCUCCGAACCCUAAUCAAGGCGAUACACGGCCACGGCAUGAAGGCCGUGGCCGACAUCGUGAUCAACCACCGCACGGCCGAGAGGAAGGACGGGCGGGGGAUCUACAGCAUCUUCGAGGGGGGCACCCCCGACGACCGCCUCGACUGGGGCCCCUCCUUCAUCUGCGGCGACGACACGCAGUACUCCGACGGCACUGGCAACCCGGACUCCGGGGCGGCCUAUGACGCCGCCCCGGACAUCGACCAUUUGAACCCUCGGGUUCAGAAGGAGCUCUCCGAGUGGCUCAACUGGCUCAAGGCCGACGUGGGCUUCGACGGGUGGCGGUUCGACUACGUGAAGGGCUACGCUCCCUCCAUCACCAAGAUCUACAUGGACAACACCCGGCCGGACUUGGCCGUCGGCGAGCUAUGGAACUCGCUCUCCUACGAGCAGGACGGGAAGCCGGCGUAUGAUCAGAACGGGCACAGGAACGAGCUGGCGGCGUGGACGGAGAACGGGGGCGGGGCGGUGACGGCCUUCGACUUCACCACCAAGGGGAUCCUUCAGGCGGCGGUGGAGGGGGAGCUGUGGAGAUUGAAGGACGCUGAGGGCAAGCCGCCGGGGUUCAUCGGGAUUAAGCCGGAGAACGCUGUGACGUUCAUCGACAACCACGACACCGGCUCCACGCAGCGCCUCUGGCCUUUUCCGGCGGACAAGGUGUCGCAGGGCUACGCUUAUAUCCUUACUCAUCCUGGGAUUCCAUCCCUGUUCUACGAUCAUUUGUUUGAUUGGGGGAAGAACUCCAAGGAAGAGAUUAUGAAGCUGAGCGCGGUGAGGAAGAGGAAUGGCAUUGGUGCGGGCAGCAAAGUGGAGAUUCUGGCUGCGGAGGCUCAUCUUUACGUGGCCAAGAUCGAUGCUAAGAUCAUCACCAAAAUUGGGGCGAAGAACGAUCUCGGAAACCUAAUUCCUCCGGAAUUUAAGGUUGCAGCUUCUGGACUUGAUUACGCUGUUUGGGAGAAGCAAGCUUGACAUUUUUUUAUUUAAUUUGUGUGUGAAUUGUUGUCAAGGGAAUUACAUUGCUGAUGCAAGUUUAGAAUUGUAAAAGUAAAAUUCAUGAAUCAAAUAAUGGAUCUUUCCAUGC